UUUCAGAAUCUCUCUCUCUUACUCCAAUCGUCUUUUUCCUUGUUCCAGUCACGCACCUGGCCGUUUUUGUAGAUUUCUGGUUAUCUCUCUCUCACGCAACGUCUGUGUCGAGCACGUUCCGAGGCUGGAAAUUCUGUGAGGAUUUGUGUGUGAGGUUUUGAAUUAGGCCGUGUGUGUUUUUUGAGUGGUUUUCUUGGGAUAGAGAGUUGGAGGGUGUGGGAGGAGGGAGGAUAUGGCGAUGGUGGUGGACAUAGGGGUGGUUGCAACCCCUGCCGCCGCCGUUGUGUGCAAGUGCAAGCAUGGUGGUGCCUCGUUGCCGACUUCGAGCUCAGCGUGUGUGGUGGGUAUGGGAGGAGGGCAUGCGUUGCCCGUUUGUCGUGGGCUGAGGAGGUUGAGCGUGGCGGCCAAGCGGCCUGAACCUGUUGGAUUUCAGGCUCGGUCGAGUCGUUCCGUUGGAAUUGUAGCUGAGGUUCAAGAGGCUGCUAGUCCAGUAUUUGAGUCACCUGUGAAGGGCUCAAGUGACGACACCAUCCAGCAGUUCCUGAAGAGGGACUACAAGUAUGGAUUUGUAAGUGACAUCGAGUCGGUGUCGAUUCCCAAGGGUUUGUCAGAGAACACCGUGAGGCUGAUCUCAGCGAAGAAAAAUGAGCCCGAGUGGAUGUUGAAUUUCCGGUUGAAUGCGUUCAAGCAAUGGCAGAAGAUGAAGGAGCCUACAUGGUCCGACAACAAGUAUCCUCAGAUCGAUUUCCAAGACGUCUGCUAUUACACAGAGCCGAAGAAAAAGGAAACGAAACAGAGCCUUGACGAGGUGGAUCCCGACCUUCUUGAAACUUUCGCCAAGCUAGGCAUUCCGUUGAGUGAGCAAAAGCGUCUUGCGAAUGUGGCCGUGGAUGCCGUUUUCGACAGUGUUUCAAUUGCUACCACUCACAGGAAAACCCUCAUGGCUGCAGGAGUAAUUUUUUGCUCCAUCUCGGAAGCUAUUCGGGAAUAUCCAGACCUCGUAAAGAAACACCUUGGCAAAGUGGUACCUGUGGCAGACAACUAUUAUGCAGCUUUGAAUUCUGCAGUGUUUAGUGACGGCUCUUUCUGCUACGUCCCCAAGGACACAGUCUCUCCAAUGGAAAUUUCUACAUAUUUUAGAAUCAACGCAAUGGAAACAGGACAAUUUGAGAGGACGCUCAUUGUCUGCGACGAGAAUGCAUAUGUUAGUUACCUGGAGGGGUGUACUGCUCCCGCUUACGACAAGAAUCAGCUACACGCCGCAGUGGUGGAGCUAUAUUGUGCUUCUGGUGCAGAAAUUAAGUAUUCUACCGUGCAGAAUUGGUACGCUGGUGACUCGGAGGGCAAGGGAGGGAUUUAUAAUUUCGUCACUAAGCGAGGGUUGUGCGAUGGAGCAAAAUCCAAAAUUUCAUGGACACAGGUUGAAACAGGAUCAGCAAUCACCUGGAAAUACCCUAGUGUUGUGUUGAAGGGAGAUGGUUCAAUUGGGGAAUUCUACUCAGUUGCUCUGACCAAUAAUAAGCAACAGGCUGAUACUGGUACCAAAAUGAUACAUGUUGGGAAGAACACUCGGAGUCGGAUUGUGUCAAAGGGUAUCUCCGCAGGGAACUCAGUCAAUUGCUACAGAGGCCUUGUUCAGGUUCAACCUUCAGCUCAUAACGCGAGAAAUUUCUCACAAUGUGACUCAAUGCUUAUUGGAGAUCAAGCUGGAGCUAAUACCUAUCCUUACAUUACGUUUGCGCUAUCUGUUCCGUAAGGUGAAAGACCCAUCUGCUCGAGUUGAACACGAAGCAAGUACAUCAAAGAUUGGUGAAGAUCAGCUCUUUUAUUUUCAGCAACGAGGCAUUGACGCAGAGAAGGCUGUUGCUGCUAUUAUUGGAGGGUUCUGCAGGGAAGUCUUUAAGGAGCUUCCUCUGGAGUUUGCUGCUGAGGUCAAUCAAUUGAUGAGCUUGAAGCUGGAGGGAAGCGUUGGCUAAUUUAUUUGUACCCAAGGUGUCGUUUCAAGAGAUGUAGACGACGCUUGUUGUCAAAUGCUUAUGUCCUAGUUGGAGAAUGCUUCGGUCCUGCUUAUCAAGAUGUCUCCUGCUUUGUUUAAAACCAAGGUUCGAGUUCAUGUAUUUUAACAUGUCUAGAUUUAGAUGUUACCAAUGUCGGAAGUGAGGGAAACUGAUUGCGAAGAGGGAAUAGAUAUUUACAAUUCAUGCAGCUGCGCAUUGUAUAAAUUCAACUUUUCACAUAUGCCUCAGCUGUGAGGCACUGGCACAGAGAUUGUAUUGCCUUCUUUUAGUGGUGGCUGUGAUAUGUCUCAGCUUUGUUGUAUAGAUCUUGUGGAUUGCAAUAACUGAGUUUCGCUUA